AUGAAGUUUCCAACCUACAUCGCUCCUCUCAUCUCAAUUCCUCUGGUCUUCGCCAGCCCCAACCCCAACAACGACCACUACUAUCCACCUCCCCCCAAGACCAAGACCGUGACCGCAACAGUCACCUACGCCGUCACCAAGCCCAUCUACAAGCCUCCUGUCACAAAGACCGAGACCGUCACCAAGUACGAGACCGAGACCGUGACAAAGUUUACGUGGAAGCCCCCCAUCACCAAGACCGAGACCACCGACACCAUCACCAAGUGGAAGCCUCCUGUCACCAAGACUCAGACGGAAACCGAAACCGACACGGUCACCAAGUACAAGUGGAAGCCUGCCAUCACCAAGUACAAGACCGAGACUGCUACCAAGACUGUCACCAAGCAGCCUUAUCCUACCUACUACAAGCCCUAA